AUGUCUACAGUCCUACCAAGCAUUGAAGACCCAAAUUUCCUUACAACCUUUCCGAGCCCGGCCCCCAGUCCCAACGACCGAGAGAUGUCCCACAGUCCCGAUAUGGAACGGCUGUUGGAUAUGUUCCCCGACAUUGGUAUCGAGAAAGUUCGUGACAUCCGGGCGAAACAGAUACGCGAGUCCACCCAAUGCAUCAGCAAGCGUCUUGCUAGUCGUUCUGGCUGGUUUUGUCAAAAGCAGGGCCCGAGGAACCUCUUCAACGAUAUCCGUCUCAGCAAUACUCAGGAGGCCAUCAACAAAGAUUUUCGUCUCUAUCGAAACAUCAGCCAGCAGCACGGUGCACAACACACGCUGGAAUGGGCCGAGCAGAGGGGUAGCAACAUCAUGAUUGUCAGCCGUCUUUCUCGCAAUAUGGGCAAGCACCGAGGUCAAAGCAGACUCAAGCUCUGGACCAGGUUCCACAAACACAUACGCGAUGUUAUCAACCAGCGAAUACACGAGAUCGAGAACGGCAAUGGGGAGCUUGCGAGAGCUUUCUACAUCAUUCAGGUCACAAAUUCACCCCAAGAGGUAGCCUGGCACCUCAUUCGCAAGCAUCCUGGGACAUGCACCUAG